AUGUCUACUACCAAGGCUACCUCACCCAUCACAGCGCCCGCUGCUCCGAAUCCUGAUCAAUGCGCCGUUGGUAAAGACGGGGAGCUCCUCGACGCGUCCAAGAUUACAUGGUUCAAUGACCCGGAUGAUGUGACGCCUAUCGCUUCCUCUUCGUCCAGUCCCACCUCUGCGAUGACUACAUCUUCUUCCACCGCUUCUCAACCCCUCAAGAAAAAGAAGAGUCUACUCGACGUGCUCGGCAAACCGGCCCAGGUCGUUGGGGGUCAACGCCGCACGGGUCGACCAGCGAAACCUCGAGUCGCUGACCCGAACAAUUCUGAGCCUGCCGAGGUUACCAUUCUCUCAUGUGCCAUGUCGUCCUACAGGAAAACGCUCGUCGCGUUCGCCAUCUCCGGCGCAAGGUCCCGCCAAGAAGCGCAAGCAGACGAAGACCAUUUCCGCUACCACAAGACGGCGAAAGGUGCGGAAUCCACCAACGCUUCGGCUCCUGGUAAGAAUGGCACCAAAACCAAAGUCGCCACCAAGACCAAUGCGAACACCAAAAAAGAUGUUGUAGAUGCGCCAGCGAAACCUCACCCUCGUUCAGUGAAGCGAGGCGCGAUCUCAUCCACCACCACCACCCUUGGUGCCUCCAGUGCUGCGACCUUAGUGGCAAAUACCACUGCGCCCAAACCCGUCCACGCUACCGCCGCCUAUGUCCCUGCCGACUCCAACCUCGAUCAUCAUGAAAUUCCGGACCUUGAGGAUGUUUCGGAUGAUGAGGACGAAGCUGUAGGCGCGGGUGGGGGCGGCGACAGCGUUCAAGAUGUGACGGGUGUUGAGGGUAAUGAGGAUAUCGGUGGUGAGACUGGUACGUCGGAGGACGGUGCGUGGGAGGACGGUGCGUUGGAGGACGAUGCGGACGAUCUGCAGGAGGAAGAUGACGAUGAGAACGAAGAUGAAGCCGAGGAUGAUGAAGCGGAAAUGGGUUAUACGUACGAGGAGAUGAAAGCGUUUGCGGAGGCGGAUCGCCAGGCCGGAAAGAAGCCGAAAAAGGUCGAUGCUACCGAGGACAUACGCACUAUCUUCGUACCGGAGAAGAAGGGAGGUAUGAGGUGUAUGGUUUGCAAGAAUGUUGAUCAUUUCGCGGUCUACAAGAGACGGUGUGAGGAACUUGGCCUGGAGGUCAAGGAGCGUGCCAUACCUAAGACAAUCAAACAUGCUGCCACAUCCAUCCAGUCGUCCCUCGACCCGCACUUGAAGCCUUCUACGAAACCGCCGCCCGUUACGCGCGAUGGGCUCAUCGAAUAUCUUGUCGAGCUCAUCAUCACAGACCACAAGGCCUUGAUGCUCCUACUCCCUGCAGGCACAUCCCACCCACUGAACAUGAGCAUUUUGAGCAUUCAUGCUGGAGCCCGAAUGACUGGAGAUGUCUGUCUCCAGAUGCUCCAGAUGACGAUUGUGAUCCCAGACAACCUCCUAGUCGCGCAUUGGUCUUUCUGGGCUCAAGCGCUUAUUGAAUCAACACCAACCCAACACCAUAUCACUUCCAUCUCCAGGGCAAUCGACAUGGACCUCAUACACAACGGUUUGGAUCAUGACAACGACUCGAGUGGCCGCUCACAACGUUGGCUGGAGAUCUUGCUCGGUAGCCCGGAUUUCGAAUCACCCUCACUUUAUAUGACUCUCACCCAAGGUACUCCCAACGUCCUCAACUUCUUGUCUGCAGAGGCAAAAAAACAGAGUCAAACAUGGGAGUCUCUUGUCAAAGAGAGGAUCGUAGAGGCAUUAUGCCAAGCGGUAAUCAAAAGCACCCCAGAAUCAUCUAAGCAUUCCUAUGGGCCUUCUACUCGGGAAGCGCAACUCCUCGAAGACAACAAAACUUUUGUGAGCACAGUGAAAGCACACUGGCAUAACAUCUUCCAACAGAUAUGGGAAAAGCCACAAAAUACUUUAAGGCCGGGAAGGAGUAGGGAGCGCACCACUAUAGUCGGUAUAGUACUCACCAUGGGAAUGCCCGAGGAGUCUGCAGACGCAUUCGCCGACGGCUUUAGUCGUGGCCUUCGCACUCGUGGUGUGAAUCAAAUCAUAAAGGUCUCUCGACUCCUAGGCUCGCUAAUCCACGUCGCACCAUCAAAUCACGGGCCUUCUGCCGAUCUCAUCCGGGCCUUGUGUCGUUCGACCCCUUUAUUCCAAUCUUUGUUAUCGGCUGUUGCUGAACCGAGUGGGGCAGUUGCGCAGCCGCCUGUGCUUAACGACAGACGGACACUGACAAUUCCCGUCAUGGAAAUGAUGGUCGAAUUGAUGCAGUCAUUGAGUGCAAGGUGGAUUCAUGAAAGUGAAACAUUCAUCCGAAAUGGACUCUCUCGUAAAAAAGACUACGCAAAUCUGCUUCUUGAUGCACUGUAUCUCAUCCUCAAAAAAAAACCAAGUCUCAUCACACUUUUUCGUGACCAGUACCCACGCCCUUCGACCCUGGUCAGCUGCCUUAGGCUGCUUCGCAACCCACCUAUGCAAUCCCUCCAAUCGAUCAGGACACCUUCGCCUCAAAAUGUACCCACUACAAUCCUGGAACGAUAUCUCGUAAUGGAGCGUCUAUGUGAGGAAGCGAAAGGGUGUCAAAGACGAGGCUGCAGUCGACGAUGGCACUUCCGAUGUAAAGCGUGCCACUUGACAUCAUACUGCGGCGUGUCGUGUCAGAAACAGGAUUGGAAAGAACACAGACUUGUCUGUGGACUGCGCCUUAAGUGGGAUGGACGAGGGACUUCUGUCCGGUUAUUGCAGCUUCCAUUUCGCUUUGAUGUGACCUGA